AACUCCGUGACGUUCGAGUCUGAACGAUCUCUUUCCACAUCAUCAAAUAAAUUACGCAUUUUUGGUCAUUACUCCAAACCAUCGCAAGUGUUUAGACAGAUGCAACGAGUAGGACCAGCAGGCUUCUUUAAUACUCCUGUAUCGAAGGGUUUCGUGCUGUUUAUAGGAGGAUGCUCCAUUAUAACAGCUAUUCUAAAGUCAAAACAAUAUUUCUAUUUACAACUCGAACCACACUUGACAGUUUACUAUCAGUACUGGCGAAUAGUUACCUCACACAUGGCAUUUGGGAGUUCAGGUGAUCUAUUUUUCGGAAUACUUUUGCUGUAUGCUUUGAGAGUGUUAGAAAGACAAUACGGGAGCUCAAAAUAUAUCGCAUUCUUAUUCAUAUCCUGGGCUAUAUCCACUAUUCUAGAGCUUAUAUCAUUAGCCCUUUGUUCUCAAUUUGGGCUUAACAGAAUACGAGGAGGGCCAUAUGCGCUUAUCUUCGCUAUGCUCUACCAAUAUUAUCGCAUUAUACCCGUUACUUACAAAUUCAGAGUUUUUGGUAUCAUCAUGACGGAUAAAAUCUUUCUUUACAUUAUUGCUGCACAUUUAGCUUUAUCCGGUAUCUCACAAACUCUCGUGCCAGUUCUAUGUGGUCUGAUAGCUGGUGCUGUAUAUAGAACAGAUAUUGCUAACCUUAAACGAUGGCGAUUCCCGGUGGCCCUGCAGCGAUUUACCUCUCGUUACCUGAAACCGUUCUUAUCGACUUCGCCGAUUGCGCGUUCGUCAGCAACGACGCCGGAUCAACGGCCUAUAUUGACACCUGUGAUGGGAAGCUGGGCAAUAAGAAAUAGAAACAAUGUUAAUAGAGGUGCAGAUGCUGUAUCAUUGAAUGGAGACAUGGAAACAGCAACAAAUAGUACUGCUACUGUUGGUCACCCUACUGGUGUUCCGUCUGUAAGGGAUUAUUUGGACACAAUAACGGGUAGAGAUAUGGCAGGUUCGGACAUGGAGCCUCCCUCUCCAGAAUAUACCAGGAUCUUGAUGACAAUGUUCCCUAACCAUCCAAGAGAAUCCAUUACAAGAGCGCUGUCACAAUCGCGCAAUAAUUUAAAUAGGGCAGUUGAAAUAAUGUUAAGCACACCCGCCCCAAACUAGGAAUCACAGCUUUAGGUGCAAUAAAUUACUGCUUCCAUUAGCUGUUACCCCAAGUUUUUGAACGCUCAUAAAACUCUAUCCUUCUACCCCUCGAUUAAUUAUCACUGUUAACCUUGUUCCUUUGUUCUGCUUGCUGUAGA